AUGCCCUUCCCCAGCCUGCGGCGGCGAACCGUCAACGAGGCAACCCAGCUACGAGACGAGCACAAGUCUCCUUCGCCCUCACCAUCACCAAGAGCUCGCUCAGCCACCGUCCCUGGCCUUACCCCCCGCAAAAGCUUGUCCUCUCUCAUCGACUCGGUCAGGAAGAGAGGAAAUCCAAGUCCCUUGCCAACCAGAUCCCACCAUGAUGCCCUCGAGCAGGAACUAUACUCCGUCUACGAUGCCUCGAAUCCUGACCACGACCCUGAUCGAGCCGGUCGAAGUCCCUCGGCAACAGACAAAGACAAGCGCUACUAUCGGACACCAAGCCCUCAUCCUCUCAAAAUGUCAGCCGCGUCUUCUCUCUCAAGAUUGUCUAAACUCAGUCGUGGCACUCCAAGCGGCAGAAGUUCAGACCUUUCCCAGGCAGGAUCGCCCCCCAAAACUUUCCUCGAAACGCUAGCAGACGCUAUCCGAGCCCCAACUUCAUUAUUCUACAAGGAGAAUAAGAGCAGCUCAAAGACGGAGGAUAGCAACACCUGGAUCAGCAAGCCCCCGUCCCCGGCAAAGAGUACCAGUCCGAAGAAAUCUGUCAGAUUCAAGCCCGGAAAAUCAAUCAUCGAGGAUGAACCGAGGUCUUCUCCCAUCGACAUUCCCAGAGCAACGCCCUCUCUGCCUCCUGUUCAGCUUGCGAGCACGCCGCUCUUGCAAUGCUUCGGGAAUGACCAUCCACAUCUCAUCCCCACCGGCAGGCCUCCUCCUCCGCGAGUACUGGAUUCCACCAUUAACUUCCGCCAAGCGAUGGCUGCUGCCCAGACUUCCAUCACUGAGGACGAGCUGCGGGAUGUCUUCUCAGUCGGCACCCCAGCGUCAGAACUUCCAGUGCCCUUGCCUGGUAUGAAUGUCUCAGCGGAGAAUCGGUUGAGCGAAGCAAGGGAUGGACGUGAGAUGGAAUAUCAACAGGGUAUGCUUCAAGAGUACGAUAACCAGUUUUCCAGCAAAGAACUGGAGCCUUGCCGAUCUGCAAACAUUGUCAUUGAGACAGACUUUGUCGCCAACGAUGAACGAGUCCAAGAUUUACCUGCAGGAAAUUACGUCGAAACCAUAAUGGCAACCACUGGACCACAUUUCGCCUCCGAUCCAUGCCAAUAUGGUGGGAGCCCAAGGAAGUCUAUAUCCUCCAGCGACAGCAGUCAUGAUGUCGUAUUCCCUGAGCUUGCAAACACUCUCGUCGCUACAUCGGAUGUUGAACUCGAGGAGACCGCCACUGUUAAAGACAGUACGGAGUCGGAUUGCUCUGAUGGACCAUCACUCAUCUUGGCGCGUUCGGCAUUGAUGACUGCUGAAGGCGAGGACAUAUGGCAAGGAAAUCCAACCCAUGAAGACAUUCGUCUCCGUUUUAAGCACCCGGAAUGCUAUGGGCCCAUAGAUUCUCGUGAUUCUCGUGAUAUGGACAGCGCCUCGGGCUUGAAUGCAGGCUCGCAGCCAACCACGCGCGUCAAAGCAGCUAUGACUCCGUCGCCAGACUCGACUGCAGAGUCGAGCCCGAUCCAACUUCCACCAUCUGCCGCUUCUCAUGACUUGACCGCAGAAUUGAAGAGAAAGAGAUAUCGAUAUCCGACCUCCGAUGGAGAUCCCUAUUUGUAUGUACCGGAGAGUUUUCUUCACAAUCCACCUUGGGUUGCAGAGCUCGCCCUUCGGUGCGACAGACCAUUUCCAGAAAACAGACCAAGACAACUUUCUCCAUUCUAUCCUGGUCUUCGAACUGAGAGAUACGAGAGAUCAACGUCGAUGACAGGAACUAUGAGUGAAAGCGAACCUGACGGCGGAGCUUUCUUGUAUCCGGAGCAUACCGAGGACCAAAUGGAGGCUUCUUCUCGGAAUCUUGACAGGUUCGAAACAUCGUCUGAUAUGUGGCCAGCAGAACAGUCCGCACCGAUUACGCCGUCUCCGUCAUCUGUUCCGCUACCCUUGUCCAUUCGUCCCUCAGCAAGAACCUAUGACAGACUGCAUGCCGAUGAGUCUGGGCCAUGCCCUUUUGCAAAUGAGCUAGGGUUAUUAAACCUGGGCGACACACGUACUGAACAGAAUGAGUUCGAAAAGAGCCCCAAGGCUAUUGAGCAUAGCCUGGAAAACAAUUAUGCUGGCUCAGGAGGCAUUUUGCCUCAGAUUUUGCGUGAUACAGAGGAAGAAAAGCUAGCCAGAGCUGCUGAGGUCCUAAAAAGAUUCAUUCCUCGAAAGGCCAGCGGUUCAAGCUCCUCGCAGGAUCCGACUAUCGACCCCGAAGGCCACUCUGCCCGUGAGCAUACAACAAAAAUUCCUCGGUUGAAGCGUCUCCAGGGCCAAAGUUCAGAGCAGGAAAUGGAGCCCUUGACUAAACCUCCGUUGGAUCGAGGAAGAUCGGCGACAAUCGAAAGCAAAUGGUCUGCAGGAAGCGAAAUCUCCCAGGACAGCGGUUCGGGCGAAACCCUGCGGACAGCGAUCUCCACAGACCCUACUGAAGGUAUGGAUGAGGACGAACGGAUGUGCAAGGGCAUUGUUUGA